CCGCCGACUUAACCAGGCACAUAAAUCGGCUCUCGAUGACGUUCUAAUUCAGGACUGAGUCGCCAUGUGCCGCUUAUUACUGCAUUCACCUGAUAUUUCGAAGUCACGAUGAGGAACCUAUGGUUAUGGCGCUUUCUGCCCUUAGUUUUCCUGCUACUGCAGGCCUAUGUGGUGGAGUCUAAGGGCCAGACCGAUAUUCCUUUACCACAAGAUGCUGCUCAUGAAUCACACAAACAACAUUCCCAAGAGGGAUUUGACGCCCAACCGGGCAAUGAACACGUAAACGCCGCACUUACGAUCCUUCGUGACUCUAAGAUCUCCGUCGCACCGAACGAAAAACCAUCGGGUCUCAUCGGAUACGGAUUACACUAUGCCCAACAGGCUAUCCGCGUACUGUUCUUGAAUGGACCGCAGCCCGAAAAUGCCGCUCGACAGAAGAUGCAUCCGAAUCUCUCCAAAGCGGUGCAUGAGUUGACGAUAGCUGCAGAGGAGAGCCAGAAUGCCGAUGCGAUGUUUCUACUAGCGGAAAUGAACUUCCACGGCAACUUCACUCACCCCCGGGACUUCAAACAGGCGUUCUAUUGGUACCAAAACCUGGCGUCCUUGACCGGAAACAAUACGGCGCAGUAUAUGAUUGGCUUUAUGUAUGCGACAGGGAUAGGUGGUGGGGUGGAACGCGACCAAGCCAAGGCGAUGCUGUACCAUACCUUUGCGGCCGAAGCUGGAAACACGAAAUCGCAGAUGACGCUCGCAUACCGGAACCACGCAGGAAUUGGAACCGCCAGAAACUGCGACGAGGCUACGUACUUCUACAAGCGGGUGGCGGACAAAGCAAUUGAGUACUACCGAUCUGGCCCACCAGGCGGUCAAAGCAUGGUCCGCGAAUCAUUCCGCUGGGCAGACGAAGAAGGUGGUGUGUAUGGUGAGGGUGCCAGCGUAUCAAGCUCGGGACCGAAUGCGCUCCGCGAUUCCCAUGCCAGCACCGACGCUAGCUUGGAAGAUGUUUUGGAAUACUUGGAUCUUAUGUCCCGGAAGGGUGAGCUGAAGGCCACAUUCAGUUUGGGAAAAAUGCAUUACGAAGGUGCCCGAGGCUUGCCUAGAAACUUUCGUAAGGCGAUGAAGUACUUCAAGCAGAUCACCAAGCGGUAUUGGAACAAAGACGGAUCCGUGAAUCCGAAUCAUCCUCUUGGAAUCGAGAAAUUAGCUGCGAAAGCGGCAGGGCACAUUGGCUUGAUGUUUCUCCGUGGUGAGGGCGUGGAGCAAAACUAUGCAACUGCGGGCUCUUGGUUCAGGCUUGGAUUGGGCAACGGGGAUGCACUCUGCCAACAUCAGCUUGGGAUCAUGUAUCUUCAUGGAUACGGCGUUCCCCAGGACGCAUUCAAGGCCUCUUCUUAUUUCAAAGCCGCCGCCGACCAAGACCUUCCGGCAGCCGAAACAAGACUCGGUGCUUUAUUCUUGGACCAGGGUGACAUUCCUACCGCUACUCGGUACUUCGAGCUGGCCGCGCGCUGGGGAUGGAUGGAAGCUUUCUAUUAUCUAGCGGAAUUAUCUAACAACGGCGUCGGCCGCGAGCGGCACUGCGGAAUGGCCGCUUCAUACUAUAAGAUGGUUGCAGAGCGGGCAGAAGUGAUCCAUUCAUCCUUUGCCGAAUCUAAUGCCGCAUACGAGAACGGUGACAAAGACCGGGCACUUGUUGCUGCCAUGAUGGCUGCAGAGCAAGGCUACGAAAAUGCGCAGUCUAAUGUGGCGUUUUUGCUAGACGAACAGCGCUCCUUGGUUUCAUUCGAUUCCAUCCUGCCUGGCCUCAAGAAGAGCCGGUCGCCUUUGCUUCGGAACGCUGCCUUGGCUCUCAUAUACUGGACUCGGUCCGCUAAACAAGCUAACAUCGACUCUCUAAUCAAAAUGGGCGACUACUACCUCAGUGGGAGCGGCAUAGCUGCGGACGCCGAGAAAGCUUCGACCUGCUACCACACGGCCGCGGAGGCUCACUACAGUGCGCAGGCCUAUUGGAAUCUUGGUUGGAUGCAUGAAAACGGAGUUGCUGUGGACCAGGAUUUCCACAUGGCAAAACGUUAUUAUGAUCUAGCACUCGAAACAAGCUCCGAAUCCUAUCUCCCGGUGAAGUUGAGUCUGCUCAAACUCCGCCUGCGGAGCUACUGGAAUCGUAUCACGAAUGGAAAGAUCAAUUCUAUCCAGGAAGAUGAUGAGCCCCGCCCUCGCCGGACAUUCAAGGAGUGGGUUGCAGCCUUUAUUGAGAACGAUGAAGAAGAAGAGGCCAAUUAUCGAGCGCAGAUGUACAAGAGGGCAGAGGAUGACGAAGAGGACCUGUUAUCUACGGGCGCGGAUUCUCGGCACGAUCGUCACCAAGAUGGCUACUAUGACGACUUGGAAAUGGAUAUUGACGACGCUGUUUUGGAAGGUCUCAUAAUGGUGGCCUUGGUAGUUACAUUGGGCGUGCUCGUAUACGUGCGACAGCAACGGAACCGAGACAGGCAGAACGAGAAUGGAGGCGCGAACCCAGCGGCUGCGGCUAAUGGGAAUGAUCGAGGGCUCUUUCCCCGGCCUGGAGAGCCUGAAUUCGCUCAAUGGGUAGCUGGUGGCGUAGGGCAUUAGAUGAGCUACAUUGGUGUUUAUCAGUCAUAUGAUUUUGUACAUGGUGUAUUUUAUGAGAAUCUGCAUUGAAUUUC